AUGUUGAAUUCUCCGCGAAGAUGGUUCUUCAUCGGAUCUCCCCUCAUUAUUUUCCUCUUUCUCUACUACGUUCUUUACACAUAUAACCAACCCCCGGUCGCCGUGGCCUACGAACCCUGGAAUCAGUCUACCGACCACUUGAUUUUAGACGGAACCCAACCACCGCCGCAGCCCUCCGGAACCAAAAUUUCGAUCGAAGAAGAACAAUGUGGACACCUCCGCCGGGAUAUGGACGAUGUGCUGGUGAUCUUGAAGACGGGUGCAACCGAAGCCCAGGAGAAAGUCCCAGUGCAGCUACGUACUGGUCUCCAGUGUGUCCCGCACUUUGCGGUCUUUUCAGAUUAUGAAGAGGUCAUCAAUGGCGUACGUACCUACGAUAUCUUGCAAAAUGUGUCCCAAGCCGUCAUGGACAAGGAACCAGAGUUCGAAUUCUAUAAACGCCUGCAGGAGGUUGGCCUUGAAGGUCUGACCGAGGAAGACUGGGGUGACGAUACCAACGGCCCAUUCGGCAAAGUGAACAACCCAGGCUGGAAGUUAGACAAGUGGAAGUUCCUUCCCAUGGCGGAGGAAGCGAUGCAAGUUAUGCCCGAUGCCAAAUGGUACAUCUUCAUCGAGGCCGAUACCUACAUCGUUUGGCAGAACUUGGUCAACUGGCUAGCACAUUUGGACCACACGCGGAGUUACUACCUUGGCAGUCCGAUGCAGAUUGGCGAAACUCUCUUUGGAUAUGGAGGCUCUGGUGUGAUUCUGUCGAACAAGGCCAUGACCCGUUUACACACCUACCAAACCCAAGCUCUGGAUGAACUCGAGCAACUGACGGCUACUGAAUGGGCUGGUGACUGUAUCUUAGCUAAGGCUCUGGAGGGGUCGCAUAUUUAUCUGACUUGGGCCUGGCCCAUGAUGAUGACUUCUCGACCGUCAGAGGUCGACCACUUCUCUGAAGCCUAUGGCCGACAGCCUUGGUGCUACCCGGUGAUCUCAUAUCAUCACAUGAAUCCCGAUGAUAUUGAAGAAAUGUGGCAGUUUGACCGUGGGUGGUUCCAAAGUGGCAAGAAUGCUUUGUUGUUGCACGCCGAUGUGUAUCGCGAAUACGUUCACAAUGGAUCUCUCUCCCAGCUCGAUGAUUGGGAUAAUCUCUCCGGGGCCGACAUUAUAUUUGAUGAACCCACCCUUCCCUCCGUUGACUCAUGCGCGGAUGCUUGCAUGCAGAACAGCGAAUGCCUUCAAUAUUCUUUCCACCAUGAGGAAAACUCUUGCAAACAUGCUGCCACAACUCUGCAAGGUGUCCGGAGCAAUGGCACAUCCUCCGGUUGGAUUCCCCGGCGUGUUCAAAAGUUGUUGAAUACCUUCCAAUCAUCCUGUCCUCAGGUCGAGUACAUCUUAAACUAG